CAUAAAUGUUUUUAACUUAAUGGGAAAACCUUCAAAUAGCCUAGUCUACCCUAAAUAUCAGAAGAAAAGUGUCUCUUUUAGCUGUGUGUUGAUGGGAUCUGUUGACCGCUGUGAAUCAGUCUGAUCUGAUCUAUCUGACAGUAUUUCGCCUCUCAUCAGCCUCUAUCAUAAAGAGCCCACAGGAGGGCGUCACAGGCUAAUGAAUCUGUAGUUCCUCUGUGAAAUCACAAAUGUGUUUAAAAUAACAACUAUGACUUAGGAAAUUAUAAAUUCACUUUCAUCUUUUAAACUUACGAAGGAUCCAGUAACAACAAAUUAGGCUAUAUGUUUCAUAAUAACCAAAUGCACGUUUCCCCCUCAGCACCCGCUCGUGCACGCGCACGCGCGCCCGCUCUCCUCCCUCACCGCUGCUGUGUGGUAAGUUCAGUAAUCACACCCCAUACUGCUGUAGCUGUCAAACUGAAGCGCGCGCGCUGCUCUUCUGUGCAUCCUCGUCUGUUCUCAUCUCCAUGGCCACAUCAGAUGGAUCAGAAGAUCGCGUUGUGCGGAGAGGAAGAUCUCACAGUGACCCGAGCAUUACCGACGCGCGUGUCGUCUAUACGAACAGCACAGGGGUCCGGACUCCCCCCGUCCGCCGCAACAGUAAACUGGCCAGCCUGGGACGCAUCUUCAAGCCCUGGAAGUGGAGGAAAAAGAAAAAUGAGAAACUGAGACAGGGCUCUACAGGGCUGGAGAGGAGAGUGCCCAGCAGACAGAGUCGUGAUGAUCUGGUCAGGAAGGGCCGGGCAGAAGCUGGCAUGGAGUCUGGCCCUGUGUGUGGUGGGAGUACAGAGGAGCGAGGGACCCCCCUGCUGGACGAGUCCGACGGGGACGAGCCCAUGGCGCCGCUGGCCAGCAACACGGAUGAUCUCGGCUCUGAUGAAGACAAUCUGUCCUCAGAGCGAGACGCCGCAGAGAUGACAGAAACAGAAGGGGAACUUGAGCAGAGUGAAGAUGAGGAGCAGCCUUGUGUCGAAGCCUCGAGCAGAGGGGCCAGUGUGGGGCCCGCUGAGGCUCCCGAGUGCCACGAGGAGAGAAAAGAGCAGCCACCGCUCAGAGAAGUCCACACUCCUCCAGCCAAACUCGCUGUUAAGCUGCUGACUCGACUGGGCAGCCUGGACAGUACCCCCUCUAAUCAGAGCCGUCCUGCUCCAGCCACGCUGCCCAGGAACUUCACCCUGCCCAAAGACGCCCUGCGGGGCAGGUUCUCCACCCCCACCGGCUCUCCUUACUUAGGGGUCAUGCACCCUCAGCUGCCCCCUAGCUGCAUCAUCGAGGAACUGCACCGCGCGCUGGCCACCAAACACCGGCAGGACAGUUUCCACGGUAAGGAGAUGCGUGGUUCCCCCAGACGGCGCUCAGACGGACGGCUGUCCCGCACCGCCAGCACUGAGAAUGAGCCCAGCACAGAGAAAGAGGCCGAAGAGAACAAGGAGAACAUGCGUCUGGACGAAUACUACAGCGACCCGGACAGCUGGAACGAGUCCGUCAUCUCCGGUACACUUCCACCACGAAUCAGAAAAGAGCUUCUGGCAGUGAAGCUGCGUAACAGACCCAGCAAACAGGAGCUGGAGGACAGGAACAUCUUCCCUGUGCGCAGCGAUCAGGAACGCCAGGAGAUCCGCCAGCAGAUCGAAAUGAAGCUUGCCAAGAGACUGAGUCAGAGACCGGCGGUGGAGGAGCUGGAGAGCCGGAACAUCCUCAAACAGAGGAAUGACCAGACAGAGCAAGAGGAGAGAAGGGAAAUCAAGCAAAGGCUUAACAGAAAGCUCAACCAGCGGCCCACCGUUGACGAGCUGCGGGACAGAAAGAUUCUGAUCCGUUUCAGUGACUAUGUGGAAGUGGCCAAAGCUCAGGAUUACGACAGGAGAGCAGACAAGCCCUGGACCAGACUAUCUGCUGCAGACAAGGCGGCGAUACGCAAAGAGCUGAAUGAGUUCAAGAGCAAUGAAAUGGAGGUUCAUUCAUCAAGCAAACACCUGACAAGGUUCCAUCGACCAUAGCAAGCUUUCUUCCGUGAAGAACAUGCUAACGGUGUCUCUGUGAAGUCCCAGACCUCAGGAGGCUGUCCAUGGCUGCUCCAUGGAGGGCCUGAUAUUUGGGCGCUAGUGAACCUUGGAGGCUAUGUCUCUGGAGCUUCAGCCUGAAAAAGCUCAAACCCCUUCAAACUCCACUCAGUCCAGCUACAAGUCUGUAGAUUAUUGAGCCUUUAUUCUUCUUCAGGGGACUCUUGUGAGACGGUGGAAGACUGUUUGAAAGACUCUGACUUUUCGUUGUUUUUUUGUAAUGGACUGUUUUAACCAGUCGCCUUUUGAUGCCAACGGGGGGGCGGGUGGGGGUCAAGCAUGUGACUCUUUUGAAUCUUUUUCCCGCACCAGUGUUGGUGCUGUAGUGACACCCCGAACGUUUCUGGGCUCCUACUAAACUUGAGUUUCAUAUCAGCUGUAUAGAUGUUAGUAUGAGGAACGGGAAUCAUGUCUUACCUUUGCAAGGACUAUUUAUUGUCUGUACAGUACAAGCUUUGGAUUUUUAACAAACAACAAGAAAGUCUGUCUUCUUUUCUGAAUGAAUGGAUGGAUGAUGAAUCGAUUUAGGUGGAACACUGUGCUCAUACUCCCAUGGACCAUCUCUUCUAACAAUCCUCAUCUCUGAUGCUCAUUUGUCUAAUCAGUCUCCGUCUUGUGUUCAAGAGAACGGCAGAUUCAGUUUCUUUUAUAAACCUAAGCCACGUAUAAUAGUCUUACAUAAGCUUUCAGGAAGAGAAGAAAACACGAGAAGUCAU